CCUUUUCCGGAGUGAUCGCCGAGCAGUCGGCACCAUGCAGAUUUUUGUUAAAACCCUCACUGGGAAGACAAUAACUUUGGAGGUUGAGCCUUCAGAUACAAUCGAGAAUGUGAAGGCUAAGAUUCAGGAUAAGGAGGGUAUCCCUCCUGAUCAGCAGAGACUGAUCUUUGCUGGCAAGCAACUGGAAGAUGGCCGUACUCUGUCAGAUUACAACAUCCAGAAAGAGUCGACACUUCAUCUGGUGCUCCGGCUGCGCGGCGGCGUCAUCGAACCCACGCUCCGCCUGCUGGCCCAGAAGUACAACUGCGACAAGAUGAUCUGCCGCAAGUGCUACGCCCGCCUCCACCCGAGGGCGACCAACUGCAGGAAGCGCAAGUGCGGCCACACGAACCACGUCCGCCCGAAGAAGAAGCUGAAGGAAAUUGAUUCAUUGUUUUCCAUUUCAGGCACCAUGCAGAUUUUUGUUAAAACCCUCACGGGGAAGACGAUAACUUUGGAGGUUGAGCCUUCAGAUACAAUCGAGAAUGUGAAGGCUAAGAUUCAGGAUAAGGAGGGUAUCCCUCCUGAUCAGCAGAGACUGAUCUUUGCUGGCAAGCAACUGGAAGAUGGCCGUACUCUGUCAGAUUACAACAUCCAGAAAGAGUCGACACUUCAUCUGGUGCUCCGGCUGCGCGGCGGCGUCAUCGAACCCACGCUCCGCCUGCUGGCCCAGAAGUACAACUGCGACAAGAUGAUCUGCCGCAAGUGCUACGCCCGCCUCCACCCGAGGGCGACCAACUGCAGGAAGCGCAAGUGCGGCCACACGAACCACGUCCGCCCGAAGAAGAAGCUGAAGUAGGCCGUGCCGCGUGCGACGUUGGCUGCGUGGAGGCCUCGUGUAAAGAGCAAAUAAAUUGAAAAAAGAGAA